AUGUUAAAAUGCAAGCUUGUUUUACUUGCAGGGGAAGCUAGAGGUGGCCAGGUUGUCAAUGAAGUUGACUCAGACGAUGGCGUGACUCUGGCAGCCUUGGUGCCAAAGCCAGCGCUAUCUACGAAGGAGAAGAGGAAAAUCAUGAGGAACAACGUACUCCAGGUGCUUCUAAAGUCCACGAUCAUGCCUUUUAGAUGGUUGAAGAGUUCGUACAGGUGUUUCUAUUGCUACGAGAUCUUUCAAGAGUCGUCAGAUUUGAAAAACCAUCAACACGUCCACGUGGGAGACGAGGUGAAGGUCCAAGCGAUGAAUAACUACUGGGACUCGGUUGUCUAUGUCGAUAUAUCCAACAUGGCCUGUAAAUUGUGUCCAGAAAUGGUGACGGAUUUGUAUGAAUUGAUCGACCAUUUGAUAAUACAGCACGGGAUGGUGUACAACAAGGAUGUAGGGUUGUGUAUGGUUGCGUUUAAACUGGACAACUUCAAUUUAUACUGUUUGGCUUGUGGCGCAAGCUUUUAUACCUUCGGCCCUUUAUUGCACCACACCAAUAAAGACCACAAGGGGACUUCAGCGAUUUUAUGCGACAUUUGCGGGCAGCAUUUCAAACAUGUCAACCUUUUGCGUGCUCACGUGAAAAUUGUCCACGAAAACACCGGUAUGCUGUGCCCAGAGUGUGGAGAAAAAUUCGAAACGCGAGCCAAACUGAAGACUCAUCAGAAAAAUCAACACGACGUGGACAAGAAAUACAAAUGUCUGGUGUGCUCGCAGACUUUUCAGAGCCAUUACAAAAGAUCGCGGCACAUGGCGACGGAGCACAAGAACAGGCAGGAGAUCAAAUGUCUGCACUGUCCGAAGACUUUCGUCUUCAGGAGUAUGAUGAUGACCCAUUUGAGGGACACUCACCUGAAGGUCCGCAACCAUAUUUGCGGGGUCUGCGGCUGGAAGGCCUUCAACAGCAAUCGCCUGAAGAACCACAUGUACAAACACAGUGGGGAGAAGAAUUUCAAAUGCGAUGCGUGCGACAAAGCGUUUACGACUAAGAAGAUAAUGCGCGCGCACUUCGCACGGAUGCACAAAACUAUCCAGCAACCUAUUAUAACCUAUGAACACACAUAUGUACCGCAGUAG